AUGAAGAUCGGCCAACAGAUAAACUUCAUUGUCAUUACCAGGGAGGCCACCUCUCUGUAUUCACUUAUCGCUGACGGGCAGUACCGCGCCACUACAGUGGGCCGUAACACCUGGAAGAAGCUGAUUGGUCCUCAGGCCUCAUUGCAGCUCCAAUGUAACAAGGAAGGGUUCAAUGCUGUAGGUUCUUCUGAAUACAAUUCGAAAGCAAGAAUCGGCAUCAUUAGUAACGAGCAAAAUGACUGCUUAUCCUCUGAUUCCCGAAUCGGGUUUGGUACAGGAGGGAAAUACGAUGACUCCAACACCUGUGGUAAUGAAGCAACGAACUCACCAGAUAAUGGCAUCAAACACAUCAAAACCAUGGGAUACAUUAUUGUACAGUGA